GACAAUGAUGUUGGGCUUUUGAUUAGCGGAGGCUCAGAGUUUUGCAUCACUUUGUUGUUCACUUCACACCUUCCCAAACUCAAAACCCAAAGCCAAGCUUAGAGAGAGAGAGAGAAUGGCGCUGAGAGCAGCUGUACUUCGCCACAUCCGGCUACCCAUUCAAACCCUAACCCUAACUCCUCGACCAUUAGGGGCUUCCUCUUCUUCCACUCUUGUUCGAUGGAUGUCAUCUCACGACGAUCAUAUCACCAAAGAGGAGGUCAUCGAUAGAGUCCUCUCCGUCAUCAAGAGCUUCCCCAAAGUCGAUCCUUCCAAGGUAUCUCCUGAGGUACAUUUUCAGAAGGAUUUAGGAUUGGAUAGCUUGGACAAUGUGGAGAUUGUAAUGGCUUUGGAAGAGGAGUUCAAGUUGGAGAUUCCAGAUAAGGAAGCUGAUAAGAUUGACUCCUGUAAUCUAGCCAUUGAGUACAUCUCUAACCAUCCAAUGGCAAGUUAAUAUUCUUCUGUGGCUUUUUCUCUUUUUUAAAAAGUAAUUUAUCUUUGUUUCUUUUCUUCAUCUAUUGGGUGUUUGUAGAAAUUUGAUCCAGCUUUGUUGGAAAAUAAUCUGAAUCUGGUUGAAAAAGAACAGACAUUUCAGAACUAAUCUUUUUGAUAUUUCUUUUUUGCCAUGCUUCAAUUUUAAACUGUUGUAAAACUAUUUAUAUUAUGCCAUGUCUGGAUUUGUUUGUGUUUA